UCCCGCCCUCCCCAAGUCUUUGUCCUCCACGCUGGAUUCUUCUCUGUUUCCAUUCCAUUCCAUUCCUUGCUCUUCCUAAAAUUCCAUCUUUGACAUACGGGAAUGGUAAUUCGGCGAAAUCAGUAAGAAAGAUCCAUUAUUUUCUUCUUUAACGCCUUUUUUUUUUAAACAUGAAGCUCGCCGUUCCCUCUUCUUUUGAGCUGGGCUCAGGCCGCGGUGAAGCUUCCGGCUGCAUCUCCGGAGUUCUGCACCGGAUUCUCUGCAGGAACCUAAGAGAUAAGAGGUUUACAGACAAAGACGAAGUUUUUGACUGGAGGAAGGUAGAGCAGGGGAAGUCUGAGGCAGUAAUGUCGGCGAACUCAAGCCCCGGAAUCGUAGCGCGGUUGAUGGGACUUGAGUCCAUGCCGGCGUUCCCUUAUGCUCAACCGGAGACGAUAUCCAGAACCCGGUCCGCGAACUCCGCCGAGUCAUGGAAAGGACCGGGGCUUCUCUGCGAGCAGAGGAGCGGCAGUGCCGGUUCAGAGCUCCGGAAGUCGCAGUCUUUCCGGGAGGUUCGCUCGUACCUGAGGAAGGAAAGCGAGGAGUUUCUGGUACUGAGUUUCGGCGAUUAUGAUGAAUCUGAUGAGUUGGAACUGAGUACAAAGAAGAUGGAUUUUGGUUUUGAACAGUAUGGUAAGAAGGAAAGCAGGGGGGAGAGAAAAUUGGUGGAGAAGAGGUCAAGAAAUAAGAGUAUGGUGAAUUCUGCGGAGAUUAAUCAUACUGACGCAAAGAGCUUUUCUGCUUCCGAGAAGGGAAUGAUGCCGAAUGAAAUUACUGAAAGAAGCUCGUCAUGCAGGAAGAAGAUAUCAUUUGGUCAUGUAGAGAUGGAAAUGGAAUGCAGUUCUCAGAAUUCGAGUCCUAUUUCAGUGCUGGAUCUUCCUCUUGAUGCCGAAGCCGACUGCAUCGCCAGCCCAGAUUCUUCUACUUCAGUUUGUAAGAUUCCCGUCCUGAAAUCAGAAGAGAAGGAUUCAAGGAAGAAGGCUUCGUUGGCGGUUGAGAAUGAGAGCAAGAAAGCCAGCAAGUGCGGCUUGGUGGUACAAGAUCUGUCAGAUAUUUUGGCGCAUAUCUGUAGGCUAGGAGAGGAUGAUUUGCACAAUUCAAAGUGGGUUAAAGCAAAAAUGGACAAAUCUGAAGAAGCCGAGGAGAUUGGAUUUGUCGUUGGGCAGGACAUAUUUGAAAUUCUGAUGAAUGAAGCUGUUUUUGAUAUGUUCAAUUAGUGUAGAACUGUAUAUCGAAAUGACAAAAAUAAUAAAUAAAGAAAAUGUACGUUUAUUUUCUUGCAA